AUGGGUCGCAGGCCCUCGUCAAGUUCGUCGUCCAGCAGGUUCAAGUAUCUGCGACCGUCGUACUACAUCCGGCGACCCCGGCGACUAGGGCUGCUCACUCUGCUCGUCGUCGGGAUCGUCUUUGUCGUCAUGGAUCGCCAACGACAGGCGAAAGAACUCGAGGAACUCGCGACGCAGCUGGAUAGUCUCGAAGUCGAGAAGAGUCACCUGGUUGUUGAGCUGGAGAAGGCUCGCUUGACCGGCAGCGUUUCUGACGCCCAGGCAGGAGGCAAAGCCGCGUCUGUUAAGAAAAACCCUCUUAUUCUCGGUGUAGGAGGGGGAGGGGGUGGUGGCGGCGGUGGCGGAGGUGGGAUAAGUGUAAAUGCAGCACGUGCGACUAGCAAAGUGCAAGCGAGAAAGCUCCUUCCUCUAGAAAAGAUCGUUCAGGCGGGUGCUACAGGGGGGAUGCUGAGAGGAGGCGAGCAGGCUGGGCAAGCGUAUACUGGGGAUGCUAUUAUAAGGGAUCCUGUUACUGGGGAUGCUCAUAGCGCGGAUGUGGAACAGAAGGCGCUGUCAGAGCUGCAGAGACUGGGGAAGCUGGACGACGAUGGGCUGGGAGGCGGGGAAGGUGACAGUAACGAGGGGAAGGCAGCUGAUACAGACGCGCUUGAGGAUGCGGAUUUAGAGGAUGAUGUGGCUGAUGAGACAGAGAGGAGGAGAGAGUCGAUCAAGCAGGGGAUGCUGCAUGCGUGGAGGGGGUACAAGAAGUACGCGUGGGGGUCUGAUGAGCUCCAGCCUCGCAGUAAGACCCCGUCCAACAACUUCGGAGGCAUGGGGGCGACGAUCGUGGACUCACUGGACACUCUGUUUCUCAUGGGACUGAAGGACGAGUUCAGAGAUGCGCAAAAGUGGGUGGGCGAGUCCCUCAAUUUCAACCGGCACUCCAGCGUCAGCGUCUUUGAAACAACCAUCCGAAUGCUGGGCGGGCUGCUAGCAGCGUACGACCUGUCCGGCGAGAAAGUAUUCUUGGAGAAGGCCAGGGAGCUGGGAGACCGACUCCUGCCCGCAUUCAACACCCCUACUGGCAUCCCAUUUGCCUAUGUCGAUCUGGCCUCUGGAGGAGGGAACGCGCCUGGCUGGACCGGGGGAUCGGCAGUGCUGGCGGAUCUCGGCACGCUCCAGCUGGAGUUUGUGACUCUCUCUCAGCGGACAGGCGACCCCAAAUACGCAAUCAAGGCGGAGAAUGUGAUUCAGCAGAUUGAAAAGAUCUUCCCAGAGGAUGGCCUGGUGCCCAUGUUCAUCAGUAUUGACAGUGGAGAGCCCACGAGCAGUCACAUCACCUUCGGGUCCAUGGGCGACAGUUUCUACGAGUAUCUGAUCAAGAUGUGGGUGCACGGGGGCAAGACGCCAGUCGUCAAGAAGUACAGAGACAUGUGGGAGAAGUCUAUAAAUGGAAUGUUUUCCAGAUUGGUGCAGCGCACGCCAGACCAGGGGGGGCACAAGGGGUACUCCUAUGUGCCUGAGAUGGAGGGAGGGGGGCUCAUUCGCAAGAUGGAGCACCUCACGUGCUUUGUACCGGGGAUGCUUAUACUGGGUAUGCCGGAGGCGUCGCCUGCGGAUGCGGCCAAGUACCUGGACUUGGCUAAAGAGCUAACGCGAACGUGCUACGAGUUCUACAACAGCACUCCGUCCAAGCUGGCUGGCGAGGACUACAACUUCCACUCUGAUGGACCCCAUCUGCAAGGCCGAGUGUACAACAUCUUGAGGCCAGAGGCAGUGGAGGCGAUCUGGUACUCGUGGCGGGCCACCAAGGACCCCGUGUACCGCGAGUGGGGGUGGAAGAUCUGGCAGGCGUUUGAGAAGCACUGCCGCGUGGAGGCAGGCUAUGUCGGCCUCGAGGAUGCGGGGAGGGACCUCCCUCAGCAGGACUACACGCAGCAGAGCUUCUUCGUGGCAGAGACGCUCAAGUACUUCUACCUGCUCUUUUCCCCUUAG